AUGGAUAUUAAAGCAAUUCUGUCGAAGCCUGGCUUCGAUCCUGAGUAUUAUGUAAGCAAUUUGUCUUCUCAAGAUGGGGAGGACAUGUUAUUGGAAACAAAACAAAAUGUGCAGAUACUUGCAGAUGAAACUGCCCAAGCCCUCAAAAAGAAUGUCUAUAAGAACUACUCUCAAUUCAUUGAGACAGCAAAAGAAAUUUCAGUACUGGAAGGAGAAAUGUACCAGCUAAGUCAUAUGCUCACUGAACAAAAAAGCCUGAUGUCUUCUAUGAUGGAAAUGUCACUCAUCAGUGAUAAAGCCAUUGUUGAUGAACCAGAAGAGGAAAAAGAACAAGAGAAUCCUGAGGAAGAUAGCCGCAGAAAUUUAGCUUUUCUGUUAGAAAAAGUCGAAGGUUGUUCAAGUGUCACAGAAGUCCCUGGCCGACAAUUGAUUCAUAAUGGAGAACUGAUCGAACUUGAUUCUGAAACAUUCACUUGUAGCCAUCCUGUACAUGCAUUUCUUCUUAAUGAUAGUUUAAUGAUUGCAUCAUUGCUGCCUCACCGUCGUGGUCCUGUGCGUUUCAAAUUUCAAGUUCUUUAUGAACUAGAUAGCUUGGCUGUUGUUAAUGUCAGAGAUGUUGACACAGUCAAAAAUGCUUUUAAGAUUCUCAAAUUUCCAGAAUCUAGGAUCUAUCAAACUGAUAGUACCAAAUCAAAACGCCAAUGGUUGGAUAUUUUAGAAGAUUCCAAAAAGAAAAAAGCUGCAAGAGACAAACAAAAAAAAGAAGCUGCACUUCGCUUAUCAGAACAGCAAGCAGCCCAGUCUGCUGAUGAUAAUGAACCAGCAACACCAUUUGAAGAUGAAGAAAUCAGUGUUAUCCAACAGCAAGAUGAAAUGGAAAGUAGUGUGCUCAAUACAGACUGGAUUCAAGAACUUCCUGAAGACUUGGAUAUGUGUAUUGCCCAGAGAGAUUUUGAAGGUGCUGUUGAUCGUGUAGAAAGAGUAAAUGAAUUUCUCAAAGACUGUCCAAGAACCCCAGCACUCAAAGAAUUCAAGGCUCGCAUUGAUCACAGAAUUAAGCAAUUAACUGAAGGGUUAAUGAGUGAACUACAAGUAACACCAGAACGUUCACUUAGGGGAGGACCUAGGGCUGCUCGUAGAGCUGUAGCUCAAUUGAUACGUCUUGGUAAAUCUGCCCAGGCCUGUGAGCUAUUCUUAAACAAUCGUAGUGCUAUUAUUAAAUACAAUAUCCGUCAACUGAAAUUUGAAGGUUCAACAACACUAUACAUCAAACGAUUGUGUACAGGGUUCUUUUCUAGUCUGUCAGAAACGGGCAGAGAAUUCAUGAAGGCCUUUCCUCAAAAUUAUGGUUGCUAUUCAGCCAUAGUUGUAUGGUCCCAUCGUGAACUGAAAAUAUUUGUUGAGAUGUUCAAGAGGCAAGUAUUUGGUGGCAAAUCAAAUCUCUCCACUAUUGCAGAAUGUGUUUCAUUGGCCAGGCAACACUGCCAGGAAUUACACAGUAUUGGGCUGGAUCUGAGCUUUACACUUGAUGUUUUUAUUAAUGAUGACAUCAACAGAGUGAUUCAAGAAACAAAAGACCAACUCAUUGAAGCUAUAAAGUUUCGGGCUGGGGAUGAUCUAUGGAGACCCAUGAACCAUUUGAGUAAAGCUGCUUGCAAUAGGUUUAUAGAAGAAAUGUGUGCGAUUGGUUUUAAUCAUUUAUCAAACUUUGUUUAUGGUAAAUAA